AUGGGCGAGCGUCGCAGUCGAAACCUCCUAGUCCAGUUGGGCCCCAAGAUGCAGGCCUAUCCCGAGGAGCUGAUCCGGCAGCGUCGCUCGUAUGAUGGGCUGGCUGAGUACCUGAUCCGCUGGAAUGUGCUGACUGUGGACAACAGCAACAGCGGCAGCGGGAGUGGCGGGGGCAGCGGGAGCAAUGGCAGCCACAGCUCAUCCAGCGACAACAAGGUGGAGAACAUCCUGAUGUGGAUGUCAGUGGAGGAUGUGUACGCCAACUGUCCCACACUGCUGGGCAAGCGCAAGCUGGAGAGCCAGCGGCCCAAGGAGGAGCAGGAGCCUAGCGCAGGGUCAUGCCCCUCCGGCCCAGACUCCGACGUUACCUUCGAUGAUGUGGAGCUCCUGGACAUGAAGGAGGAUGUGAAGCUGCUGGUGGAGAGGGCCCGGCGGCAGAUGUCCCGGAAAUGCGGGGCUGACUCCUCGCUCAAUAUCUCACACACCAUCCAUGUGCUGAGUGCCUAUGCCAGUAUUGGUUCUCUGGUUGGAGUCUUCAAGGAGACUGGAGCCCUGGAUGUGCUAAUGGAGUUGCUCUGCAACAAAGAGACGCAAACACGGCGGAGCGCUGGCAAGAUGCUUCGCGCUCUUGCUUCCCACGACGCAGGGAGCCGGGCCUACGUUCUCCUGUCGCUCAGUCAGCAAGAUGGGAUCGAACAGCACAUGGACUUUGACAAUCGCUAUACGCUGCUCGAGCUGUUCGCGGAGACCACAUCCUCAGAGGAGCACGGCAUCUCAUUUGAAGGCAUUCAUCUUCCCCAGAUUCCCGGGAAGCUGCUGUUCUCUUUGGUAAAGAGGUACCUAUGUGUGACCUCCCUGAUGGAUAAGCUGAACAACAGUGGUCAGGAGGCAGGUGGGGAGCGGCAGGACUGCAACGCUCCACACGUGCCGGAGCAGACUCGCAUCCUGCGGGAGUUUGAGUUCACCUUGGCCAUGGCCAAUCUGAUCUCAGAGCUGGUCAGGGUGAUGGGCUGGGACCGCAACAGGCACCCGGAGCCUGGGGAGAGCGAGAUGCCCAGGAAUGUCAAGUCCAUUUUCCAGCCCCGCAGUCUGUCCAUCAGCAGUGUACUAGCUCCCCAGCCCCGCAAAAAGUCGGCCGCCACAUACAAGACCCGCUCCAACUUCUCCAGUCGCAGCAGUUAUGUGGAGUAUGUGCAGGAGAACCUGAAGGCCGGUAUGACGGUCAAAAUGCUGGAAGAUUAUGAGCAGGUCAAUGCUGGCGACGAGGGAGAGUUCAGGUUCAGCAACGACGGGACCCCCCCAGUGCAGGUUUUCUGGCACCAGUUGAAUAGAACGUACUGGGUUCACUGGCACAUGAUUGAGAUCAUAGAGGAUGGAUGGAAUGGGCAGGUGGACAAAGAGUCGCAGGAGAAAGCCUCGUCCCUGACUGAGAACCUCAAACUCACCACAGUCACCCAGACGUUUUUCCACAAGCCGCCUGGCGGGCUGUACUCGCUGCCUUACUUGUCGGACAAUGUUGCCGAGGACUCCUCCACACUCAGCCGUGCCGAGUGGUGGGAGGUACUUUUCUUCAUCAAGAAGCUGGAACCAAAACAACAGCAGGAAGCUGUGGACAUCAUCCACCAAAGCCUCGAGGAGCAGGUCUCUGUGAUGGACGAGAGUGCCUUGAUUCAGUUGACGGUCCCUGUGGAAUUGGCCCAGAAGCUGCUGCAGUUUGUGGGCCCACAUUGCCCGGCUGCAUACCUGACCGACCUGGAAAGCUCCCACGUGUACAUCAAACACUACCUGAGGAGGAGGGGUCUGGGGCUGGACCACCUCAGCGGAACACUAGCCGGGGCUGAGUAUGGCUCGCCUCCUGGCACUGCCGGCUCCUCCUCUUCCUCUUCCACCUCGUCUGCCUCCUUAUCAAAAGAAACCAAGAAAGAGAUCCCGCCGGACCCCACCAGCCCUGGCCUGAGCUCAGGAAGGACCGACACCGCACAGGCACCUGAGAUGGGUCGGAUGGAAGAGCUGGAGCUGCCUGAUGAUCUGGAAGAGAAGUUGAAAGAGUUCAGUUGCCCCAAGGUGAGUGGUCGUAAGACCAGCCUGGAGAAGAUCGGGGAGGUAGUGGAGAUGAUGAAGAAAUCCAGCUCGGACAUCAGCUUUCAGGUGGCUGGCUUCAGGUUCAUCACCAAGAUGUUAGAGGAAGACAGCUCGCGGGACAAGUUGUCUCUAAAGGUAGACUCCGGCCUGAACCACAGGGACAAACUCAUCAAAGCUGUGGUGGAGCAGCUGAGCAGCCUGGCCAGGGAGAAGGUGUUAGUUGUCACGUGUUUCCGGCUGCUUUACAUCCUGAUGCAGAGGUACGACUGGAGGGUGCUCUUUGCCACCGAGGGAGGUAUCAAGGCCGUGCUGUCAUGUAUGCAGGAACAUAGGAACUCUGCCCUUGUCCAGCAAGCGGCUCUGGCUACGCUGAAGAUCCUGACGGGAGCCAGCAAGUACGACAUGCGGAGUAAGAGUGUGCGGCCGCACCUCGCUGAGGCAGAUGCACAGAUCAUCCUGGAGAUCUUCGCCAGCAUCGGCUCAGCCUCCACCCACGAUUCCAAGGGACUGCUCAGCAUGAUCCCAGCCGCCGUGGAAAAGAUGAUGAACACCUCAGGGUGCUCGUCAGCAGUGCAGGAUGGCCUCCUGGUGGUCAUCAUGCUCGUCUCCAACCAUAAGAGCCUGGCUGAGCUGCUGGUUUCUUGUAACAUCUGCCCCAUCUUGUACAGCUGCAUUGGGACUGGCAGCCGCUCCACAGGCAGCCUCCAGCAGAUGCUGGCCAUCAUGGCCCUCAGCAACAUCUCCCUGAAUCACAAGCUGUCCACCGGCAUUGAGAACAAAGAAUCAAAGGAGGCCUUAAAUCUGAAGGAUGCGGAGCUAAAGAUGCUGUUGGUGAGUCUGAAGGAGCGGAAUGGUACGAAAGAGAUCAUCCUGUCACUGGAACGCUGGGUUUGUGACGAGACGACUGGGCUGGAGACUCAGAUUGCCGACAUCAUGACGGACAAGGAAGCCUUCCAGUCCUUGGUGCAAGGCUUGAACCAGUUCCGCUCCGAGAAGUUGGUGCAGCAAGCCAUCAUUCGGAUUUUGAACAAGUUUUUAGACAACUAUCAGGAGGACCUGCUGCCCUGGCAUGAGAGCAUUGAACCGUGUCUCUCCUCAAUGACAGCGUUCAGCAACGACCGAGAGGUGCUGCAGGAUUUUAUCCGGUUUCUGUAUGGAUUGGCCACCGUCAACAAAGACUAUGCUGUGGUCAUGUGCCGGCUCGGAUCCAAGGAAACCCUGAGCAAAGCCCUGGACAAGCACAGUGCCACCCUACCGCUGGCUGCGGAACUGCGUGACCUGGUCGGCGAUUGUGAGAAGUACGCCAGCCUGUACAAGAAGAUGACCACCAGCAUCCUGGCUGGAUGUAUACAGAUGGUUUUGGGACAAAUCGAAGAACACAGACGCAGCCACCAGCCAAUCAAUAUCCCUUUCUUUCAUGUGUUCCUGAGGAAUCUCUGUCAAGGUCUGUCCGAGCGGCUCAAUGAUAACAGACUCGAUCACGGUUCCGGCGUGGAGUUGAAAGAGGACAAGUGCUGGGAAAAGAUCGAGGUCUCCUCCAAUCACCACAGAACCAGCAAGUUGACAGACAAGAACCCCAAGUCGUACUGGGAAUCCAAUGGCAGCACAGGGUCCCAUUACAUCAACAUCUACAUGCACAAAGGGGUGGUGAUCAGACAGCUGACCCUGCUGGUCGCCAGUGAAGACUCCAGUUACAUGCCAGCUCGCGUUGUGGUCAUGGGUGGGGACGAUCCCAGCAAUAUCAAUACGGAGCUAAACACCGUGAAUGUAGCGCCCACUGCCAACCGUGUCUUACUGCUUGAGAAUAUGACACGCUACUGGUCCAUUAUCCAGAUCCGUAUCAAACGCUGCCAGCAGGGCGGGAUUGACACACGUGUGCAUGGAUUUGAAGUUCUGGGCCCAAAGCCGACCUUCUGGCCAGUUUUUAAGGAGCAGCUUUGCUGCCGGACAUACCUGUUCUACACAACCAAGGCCCACACCUGGUGUCAGGAGAUCCUGGAGGACCGGAUGCAACUGCUGCAGCUUUUCAAUAAGUUAAACAGCGCUCUGCGGCACGAGCAGAUGUUUGCCGAUCGCUUCCUACCGGAUGCUGAGGCAUCCGAGGCUCUGGGAAGGACCUGCUGGGAAGCUCUGAUCAACCCCAUCGUACAGAGUAUCACCACUUUGGGUAACGCUGAUCCCAGCCCCCUGACCUGGCUGCUAACUGAAUACCUGGAGAAUUCCGAUAACUCCAAGCGUGGUAAAGGCCGGGCCGUCAUCUUCAACUCCCGGGUGCGACGCCUCUGCCACCUCCUGGUCCACGUCGACACCAGCCGCAACGAGGUGGAGGAGCUAAAACCAGCCAUCAAAUCCGAUGGCAAAGACAAAUCAAAAGACGGUGGCAGCAGUAGCACAUCCGGGAAAGGGCAACCCAGGAGCAAGCCGGGCAGUAUUGCUGGCAUAGCUCAGUGCUGGCAUGCAGUGGUGCAGCAACAGGUGAAACACUUCCUUGACGGCGCGUGGAACUCAACGGACUUUGUUCAACGCUACAGAAACAUGUACCUGAGGCUUAAGAACGCCAUGGAGGAGUUGUUCGGCCAGCAGACGGCCUUUGUCUUGGCGCUCCGCAAAGGCUUCUCGGGGGGUCUCUUACAGCUCUCCCAUCUCACUGCCAUGCACGUGAGCGAGAGGUUUGCACAGUACAUUGAUCAGCGGAUCCAGGAGAGCGGGGCAGACGCCAGCAGUGUGGAAACGCUGAACCAGUUGCAGCAGUUCUUGGAACCGAUGCUGUUCUUCUCAGGCCUGGAACUGGCCAACAUCUUCGAACAUUUCUACAGGUACUACCUGGGAGACCGGCUGCUGGGACAGGGGAAAGUGUGGCUGGAGCGAGCCAUCAUCGACCAGAUCGGCAGCUGCUUCCCCGGCAGGUUCCCGCAGCAGAUGCUGAAAAACCUGAGCGAGUCCAAUGAGCUGCAACAGGAAUUCCACCUGUACCGGCUUCAACAGCUCGACAAGAAACUGGAGAACAUGGACGAUGAGGUGAUGGAGGAGGUGGAGAUGCCGCUGGCAGAGCCGGAGACGGAGCUGGCGGUGCUGGUCCUAUCCCCGCGCUGCUGGUCUAUCUCUCUCUGCCACCUGGAGAACCCGGCCCGCUACUUCCCACCGGACCUCAGUGACUUCCUGGAGGAAUUCUCCGAUUUCUACACUUCCAGUCAGAGCGUGUAUGGCUUCAGCAGCACUAAGCCCCGGCGGUUGCAGUGGACGUGGCUCGGACACGCCGUGCUGUCCUACGGAUCCCUAACGCUGCACGUCUCCACACUGCAGAUGUACAUCCUGCUGCUGUUUAACCAGCAGGAAGAAAUUGCCGUGGAGACCAUCUUACGUUUGACAGGGUUGUCCUUGGUUCUGGUCCAGCACGCACUCAAGCCUCUGAUCGAAGAGGACGGUAUCCUCUCUCACACACAGACUGAGCAGAGUCAGUUCAAAGCGGUCCUGAGGCUGAACGGUGAAGCAUUGGAAAGAGGUUCGGUGGUUAGUCAGUGCUACACACUGCUGCCGAAGCAAACUUACCUGAACGUGGAUGAAGAUGCUGCCAGUGCUCUGGAUCGCAAGAGGAAUGUUAUCUACUGCAUCAUUGUGCAGAUCAUGAAGUCCGAGAAAGAACUGCACAUCGACAACCUGGUCUUCAAGGUGAUUGACAGGUGUCAGAGUCAGGAGACCAGUGCUGCCCAGCGGUUCCUCCAGUUCAGCUGCAGCAACAUGGACGUGCUGUGCUGCAUCAUGCACCUCAUCAACGAAGGCUACGUUAGGCGAAACGAGGAUAACCCGCACAUCCUGGAGUACGUGCUGGAGGACCCCAUCACCCCACGGAAGGGACAGGCGCACAUAAUGUUCCGAAAGCCGGGGUCAAAGGGCUCGGAAUCAAACAAUGGCAAAGAGAAUUUAUCAGUAUUUAGCUUUGACUGCAGCACAACUGGGGGGUGGCAGAGCUCGGAGUGUGGAGUGCUGGAGACCGUGCUCCUGUCCAUGGGCCGGACAAUGAGCCAGGAGGAGGUGCAGCAGCUGAUGAGUCAGACGGUGCUGCGCGUGGCGGACACGCUCAGCGUAUCCGCAGACAUAGCCCAGAACCUGCUCAUCCACAGCAAGUGGAACGUGGACCUCCUGGUACAGCGCUAUGCGGAGGACCCCGAUACACUGUUGCUGGCAGCGGGGCUACAGGUCCGCAACCCCCAGGCCCCCAGCAACCCUGUCACACAGUGCCCCGUCUGCCUCAACCAGCUGCCUGAGGACAGCGAGCCCAAUCCCACCCUCUGCUGCCUUCACUACUGUUGUCGGUCCUGCUGGAAGGAAUACCUCACCACGCGGAUCGAGCAGAACCUGGUGCUCAACUGCACGUGCCCCAUCUCCGACUGCCCCGCACAGCCCACCCAUCAGUUCAUCUCCUCCAUUAUAUCUGACAGAGAGACUGUGGCCAAGUACUCCAAGACGCUGCUCCGAGGCUAUGUGGAAUGCUGCUCGAACCUGACGUGGUGCACAAACCCACAGGGCUGUGAUCAGAUCGUGUGUAAGGAGGGAAUCGGCAGCGUGGGCACCUGCUCCAAAUGCUGCUGGUCCUCCUGCUUCUCCUGUAACUUCCCCGAGGCUCACUAUCCCGCCAGCUGCAGCCACAUGUCCCAGUGGAUGGACGACGGUGGUUAUUAUGAGGGGAUGACGGUGGAGGCACAGAGCAAGCACCUGGCCAAGCUGAUCUCCAAGCGCUGCCCGAGCUGCCACGCUCAGAUAGAGAAGAACGAGGGAUGUCUACAUAUGACGUGUGCGAAGUGCAACCACGGGUUUUGCUGGCGAUGUCUGAAGCCGUGGAAACCUACACACAAAGAUUACUACAACUGCUCAGCCAUGGUCAGUAAAGCUGCGAGACAGGAGAAGAGGUUUCACGAUUACAAUGACAGAUGCACUUUUCACCAUCAGGCACGGGAUUUUGCGAUUAAUUUGGAGGGGAAGGUGGCUGGGGUUAACGAAGCGUUGCAGAUGAAAUGUUUGACGUUUGUUAUCGAUGCCUGUAAAAUGCUGGCGCAGUCCCACAAGGUGCUGGCCUAUUCCUGUGUGUACAGUUACUAUAAUCAGGACACGGAAAAGAUGGACAUCAUGGAGCAGCAGACAGAGAACCUGGAGCUGCACACCAACGCUCUUCAGAUCCUCCUAGAGGAGACCUUGUUGCAGUGCACAGACCUGGCCUCCUGUAUCCGUCUCCUGAAGCCGGAGCACCUGAACACGGGCCUGGAGCUGAUCCGGAGGAUAUUGGAGCGAUUGCUCGCAAUCCUGCAACACUCCACACAGGAUUUCAGAGUGGGGUUUCAGCCAAAGCAAGGAGCGGAUCAGAAUGAAGUUCACCCCGCAGACCUGUCAAACACAGUGCCGGCUGAUCCGACCAAAGAAGUAAAGUCGGGGAGUCAAACGGAGGAAGAUGAUGGAGAGAAUGAGGAAGACUAUGAGGAAGAAGAUGAUGAGUAUGUGCCAGAGUGGCAGGACACGUAUGACGAGGAUGAAGAUAUUGAUGAGGAGGAUUUUUCAGAUGACGCUUCAGAGAACUUGGAGAGAGAUUUCUUUUACCUCGAGGAUGGCGAUGUUUAUGACUGAAAGAGUUGAGAUUUUUUUAUAUAUAUAUAUUCUGAAUAAGUGGACGAAUCAAAUUAAAUGUAAUUGGCAGCAGUGAAUGAGAGAAUCCUAGUGCACAUGGAACAAUCGAGAACCUAUUUUCUUUUAUUGCGCCAUUGCUGGUUAUAACUGGCUUCAUUUUUCCCCCCUCUUCGUUUUACAGAAGAAGCUUUUUUUCAUGUUAAAGGUUCACAUUUUAUGGAGAGAAUUCUGCUCGUCUCUUAUUUUUACUUUCUUUAAUUAUAAUUGACAUUCUCGCUUUCUAGUAAACGAGAUGCAGACGAGCAGAGGGAGAGAAAGAUGGGCACAAACAGACAGAUACAGGGAGACAGUCACAGACGCUGGGCAGAAUUGGUUUGGGCAGAUGUGCAACUGUAUUGAGCAGAAAAGAGGAGCAGCUAGUCGAAGCUUAUAUUGUUCACAUAUAAUGUUCUAUCUUUCUGAAUAAUUCAAGUUAUCCAAGUUAAAAUAAUAAAACACAUUCUUCUAAA